AUGCCCAGCAGCAACCCAUCUCAGGGACCAUCAUCGUAUUCAGAGUACUGGCUGUCUCUUUUCCAUGAAUCAACAGUCUCUGCAAUUCUGGAGGACCCAGAAUCGCCCCAGUCGAUGGCAUUUGAAUGGCUCGUGGAAGAGAUUGACAUCCUACGCAACCUUACAGAGCAAAGAGUUGUACAACGGUUUGUACUAGCAACUUUCUAUUUUGCCAACAGCAAAGAACAAUGGUUCUCCAGUGACAAUUGGCUAAACCACAGUGUUCAUGAGUGCCUUUGGUAUUCUGGUUUGGAGCAAUGGUAUUUCUUUGUUGAGGCCAACAAUGUUCUCCCACUGGAUCACAUCAGUCCAUGUGAGCAAGAUCCAGCUGGAUAUCUACAGGAUGGCAUCUUGUAUCAGGGAGAAGGAAUCCUGAAGCAUUUUUGGCUGCCUUAUAACCGCCUGUUAGGAUCAGGCAUUCCACCAGAGCUCUACUUGCUCACAGACCUCAAGAGCUUGGCAUUGGAUGAAUUGAACCUUACAAGCACCAUCCCUGAUGAGCUUUUUAACCUUUCAAAUUUGGAAUAUCUUUCGAUGAUGUUUUGUGGGCUGUUUGGCUCCAUUCCUGAGGCAAUUGGACAAUUGUCAAAACUUGGAAUCGUGUACAUGGGAAUUUUGACUGGAACUCUUCCGUCAUCCCUUUAUUCCCUUACAAACUCAAUGGCAGGCAUCAUUCUAUCAGGAAAUCAGCUAACAGGACCAUUACCAACAGAGCUGGGAUUGCUAACUAAGUUGAGGGGUCUAGUACUUGACACCAACCUAUUUACCGGGGAAAUUCCCACAGAGCUUGGGCAGUUCACUGGAUUAUGGACCCUGUUCCUGCACGACCUCAUUCUGAGUGGCGCUAUCCCAAAUGAGCUUGCACUUCUUACAGACAUGAUACUUCUGCAACUGGAUAACACCGGCCUUACGGGGACGAUCCCCAGGUGGCUUGGCAACAUGACAACCAUGGAUGGAUUGACACUGUCAGAUAACUCCUUUACUGGGACUAUCCCUACAGAACUUGGCCUUCUAACAAAGUUAUCUAACUUAUGGCUUCAUGCGAACGAUUUGUCGGGCACAAUCCCAAGUGAAUUUGGAAAGUACGAGCAAGUGCUUGUGUUGAACAUGCCUAGCAAUAACCUGACAGGAACCAUUCCUACAGAGCUUGGACUGCUUACUGAUUUGUGGCAGUUGUGGCUGUUUGACAAUGAUUUGACUGGAACAGUGCCACUGGAGCUUGGCAAUGUUCCUUUCCAUGCACCUUAUGGUCAAGCCUUGUUGUAUGGAAAUGAUCUUUCUGGCAUUAUCCCUGAGAGCUUGUGUUUUGCCAACAACCUUACGUUUGACUGCAGCAGCCAGCUCUGUGGAUGUGACUGGUGUAACUGUUCUGACUAUGACACAUCACCGAUACUGGAGGGAGAGCCUACCAAUGGAGGUGAUCAGCUACUGAGUGAGGCAAACCUAACUGAGGGAAACCAAACUGGACCCUGA